ACGCAAGUGAUGCCCCGCCCAUGCCGAGGAGAGCGCUAGGAUUGGCGGAGGUGGCUGUCAGUCGGUCUCCGGGGCGGGUCCUUUGGCUGCGGCUGCUACACACGCAGGGUCAGGCAGAAGCCACCGCUGUGUCCUCGCUCAGGCCCGGGGCGCCCGCUCCUCCCCCUGACAGACGGUGACAUGGCUCCGCGCAGGAACCCCCCCAAAGGCGCCGGCAGCAGCAGCAGCAGCCCCGGCCAGGGGGCCAGGAAAGAGACAAAGCAUGGAGGAAACAAGAAUGGGAAGAAAGAAGGCCUCUCUGGAAGCUCAUUUUUCACCUGGUUUAUGGUAAUAGCACUGCUGGGAGUUUGGACAUCAGUAGCAGUUGUUUGGUUUGAACUUGUAGAUUAUGAAGAAGUUCUAGCCAAAGCAAAGGACUUCCGUUAUAACUUGUCAGAGGUACUUCAAGGCAAGCUUGGGAUAUAUGAUGCUGAUGGAGAUGGAGAUUUUGAUGUGGAAGAUGCCAAAGUUUUGCUAGGAGAGGCGCCAGGAGGGGUAGACAAGAGAAAAGCUAAGGCCAAAGUAAAAGAAGCAAUUAAAGAACCACUCAAGAAAAUAAGAGAGAAAGAAGCAUCCAGGAAGAAGGAAAACAAAGUUGAAGAGAAAAAGAAAACCAUGGAAGGAAAAGUUGCUGACCGAAAGGUUAAGAAAGUUGUUGAGGUGGCUAAAUUGAGGAAAGAUUCUGACAAGGUUAAAAAAGACAAAGGCAAGGAAAACGAAAAAUCAGGAAUAGACAAAAAUGUGAAACACAAGGAAACUAUGAAGAAAUCAGCCCCUGAAAAGGUGGUUACCCCUUCUCAAGCAGGGAAAGACACAGUAACUAAAAAGAUAGCUAAAAUCCUUUCUGGAGUUUCUGAAAAUUCAGCAAAGGAAGAUGAGAAGAAAAAACAAAUAGGAAUUUGAUGGUGAGAAAAAAUUAGUGUAUUGGUAACAAUUUUUCUGAAAGUCAUUAGUGUGAGUGAUUAUGCAGAAUGCUUAUGUGUGUACUUGCAUUGUAAACACACAACAAAUAUCUGCUGUGGAGCUCAAAUGUGUACAUAAUGCUUUUGACCACAAGUCCUGUACAUUAAAAAAUUGUUGCUAUAGCUUUGAAAUAGGACUUCUUUUACAUACAAUAUCAAACCCUUAAAUACAUGUCUCUUGCUUUGUAUUAAGGUGUUACAUUUUUCUUGUAGAUAUGUGAAGAGUGUAUAAACAUUGUUGAUCAUAUGUAAAAGUUUAUUAAUGUAUUAUUAGAGGAUAAUCUGAACAUUACCUAAGUGAUGAAAAUUCCUGUUGUAAGAAACUAAUUCUCAUUUCAUUAUAAGGCAUGCAAACUAGAAAUAGUGUCAGUGAAACACAUUUGUCAGAGUCUGAUGCUUUUAUUGAGCGCUGUAAUGUUUUUCAGUGGUGCUGUGACAGUUUUUGUUUUGUAUUGCUACUACUGUGCUAAAUUACUGCUGUGUUGGCUUCAUCUUUUGUCUGAAACCUUUGUUAGUUCACUAUGGGCGAGAUUUUCAAAAGUAUUUAGCACCCAAAAUUGGGGGCAGAUUUUCAAAAGAAAUCUCCCAGAAGCCAGCAGCUCCCUUCUCAAUGGAAGCUUCUGGGUGCUUACUGCUUUUGAAAAUCUAGCCACUUACUGAGAUGACUAACUGGGAGUUGUUGCUUGCUGAUCAAAUUUCAGGAAGCUGACAUUGUACCAUUAUUUGUAUUUUGGCUAGACUGGAUUAGAGAACAGAUUUGUGUAUUGCAGCCACUCAUAGAAUAGCUUAUUCCUACAAUAGUUCUAAAUGUUCUACUUCUAUACAUUAGCUCAUUUUUUGGACUGGUAUUUCUUUUGUUUUAUUUCAACAGUGAAGAAUGAGAAGUCUUAUUAAUUGGGGUAAAUAGGAUGUUACAAAAUUUCUUCAGAAAUAGUGUAUUUCAGUAUGUUACAAAAUCUAUACUUAAUUUCUAGUUGGUAUAUAAGAGAUACUUUAUGUACAAAUCCUGAUUUUAUUGGACAAACGAUAGAAUUGAUUAUAUGCUGAAUCAUUGCAAAUAAAAUUACAAGAGACUUGAACAAAAUCUGAAAAUGAUACUUGAGGGUCACUGACUGUAGUGGCUGGUGGUCCUAGCAAGGUUCUGGAAUUUGACUCUGCAAUUCUGGGUCUACCAUAAACUGUUCUGUGACCUUGUAUAAGUCACUUCACUUCUGUCUCUCAGUUGAUCCAGUACAUAUAUGCAUGCUUAGUUGUAUUGAGGCUUAGUAUUUAUAAGGUGCUUUAAGACCUAUGAGUGACAGGUGCAGUAGUAUACUUUUAUAUAACACUGUGAAGGAAACAAUGUUUUUGAAAACAAAAACAAUGGCAAACAGUACAAUGUGACACACGUUGUCAUAAUUAGGGGGAAUGACAUAUGAAUUAGUUUCUAAACACUGGGAAAAUAUAAAGUGUAUGGAUACACAUCUGCGUGUUGAUCAGGGUACAUUUUAGAGAUUAGCAAAAAUGUGGGAGUGAAUAUAGAAAUCUCUCAGAACAGCUCUAGAAAAAUAUUCUAAAUCUCCUUUGGAAAUGGGACUUGAUAUCUAUUCUUGCAUAACAAGCCCAGACUUCUCCUAAGUUUAAGUUCAGUAACAAUAUUAUACUCUUAUCUCUUAUUCCAUUGUAAUCUGUUGGAAAUUAAGAUAAAUAUUUGAUAGAGAAACACUUUUCUUGUAAUUAGGUACUGGAAGUACUUCUAUUGGCAGAUUACAUCUAGGG